AUGUCUGUACCCCCUCCUCCCUCUUCUUCUAACACAGGCAAAAAGGCCCAUGGACCCCCAGGGUUAAUGGGGGGGCCCCCGAGGCCCCCGAAGUUGCUGCCUGGCUUGCGUGCUCCUAAGCUGCCCCCCGGGCCUCCUUCAGCAGCAUCUGGGGGCACUCGGCCAGGGCUGUCAUCGGAUGGCCCCUCUGCUGCAGAGGCAAAAGAUGCAGCAAGAAAAGCUGCACAAGGAAAAACUCCACCAGGAAAAGCUCCACCAGCAAAACCAACACCAGCAAAACCAACACCAGCAAAAGGAGCUCCAGCAAAAACAAUACCAGCAAAAGCUGAAGAAGCCCAAGCAGCUCCCCAAGUUGAAAGUGCCUCUGAGUCAGACGGUUCGGAGCAACAGCUCAGCCCAAAAUUAAAUGAUAGCCAUGAAGAGGCCGCUGCAUGCAGCGACACACCAUCCCGCUCGGGUUCCUCAGGGCCCUCCCCAUCCUCGCCGCUCAGGACGUCUGCAGACGCUGACGUGACCUCCCCCACAUCCAGGCCGUCUUCAGGUGAUGCAAAGGAGGAGAGGCAGGAGACUGAAGGGGACAGAGAAAACACAGGUGCCGCUGUAGCAGGACAGGAAGGCUCCACGAAAGGCCACCCAAAAGAAGGGCCCCCUCGUGCUGGUUCCUCAGAAGCGAACGGCACACUCAGCAGAUCAGUUGCCACAGAAGAUGGAUAUACCCAAGGAGAUAAGAGCAAUCUUCUGCGUGCGCAAACAGGGGCCAGCCACGCCCCACACAAGGCCCCUUCAGGAGAACUGAUGACCCUUCAUGAGCAACAACCUCAGAAUCUAGGGGGUUCCUCCUCCCAGGGCCCCCUAGCGCCGUCUGCAUUACAGCAAACAUGGGGAGAAAGCCAAGGGAGCAACUCCGCCGAUCCUUAUUCCCCCUUCAUCCAGCAGAUAUUUUUGAGGGGCUGGAUAGGGCCAGAAUCGUCGGGGGCUGCGAGCGAGAUGUCGGGCGCUGCAGGGGGGCCCUCUCCCCAAUACACAGUGACAGCUGGGCCCCUGACUUGCAGCUAUUGUUCAUGCAUCGGAGUGUCAUCCGAGGGAUCGAUCCCAGGGAGGAGUUGCUUCUCCGCCGUAUGCCCUUCCAUUUGCCUGCAUGGAGUUCCUGGCUAUCUCCCGCAGCAGCAGCAGCAGCACACUGUCAGGCCUAUUGAUGGAGGCCCCUUGGGGUGGACUGUGGCGCACCAUCCAGGGAAUCUGCCUCACUCUCCAACUCUCGCACAGCUGCAACAGGAGAUGCAGCAGCAGCAGUUGGGCCAGCCUCCUACUACAAUGAAUUUGCACUUUGACCUCAUUCCAGAAGAUGCACCAGAAAGCGACGAAUCGGAAGAAAGCGAUCUAGAGGGUUUAGACCACCGUUGGGGGAUGGUGUAUUCGGAUCCCCGUUGGGCAAAAGUCCCCUAUGAGCAACGAUUUCAUCCACCACCUCCUCUGGUGUCUCCUCGCUAUACUUCUAUCAUGGGGGGCAGCCGCCUUGGGAUUUCCGGCCCGUCCUACCGCAGUCUGUACAAACGACCCCGCCGGUACAAGAUGGGCAACACAUAUUGCAAACACUACCAGCUGCCCACAGUUUCCUCCCUCCUCAGGGCAGGUAUGCCGGAGUUCUUGAGAAAGAGGCCCAUUAAAAUCAUGAGAGAAGGCAGCUGCAGAUUCUUACAAGCUAAUGCCUGUGUACCGAUAGAAAUACACAAAUGCACUGGACAAGGCGACUCAGUGACACUUACGGCAGUAGAACCAGCGGCAAACGCAACAGGAACAGCACAAGCAAACGCUGGAGAAAAACAGGAGGGAUCACACCAAAUACAAGAUAACCUCUCUGCGCCUCCUGUAGCCCAGCAACCGCCGCAACCUCAAGACCCCCAAAGCAUGCAUAUAGGGCCCUGGCAGACGCCGACUUUUGAACAAGGAGGCGCCAAACUCCUUGCGUGUGCAUCUCCUCAUUUCCCUCUCUUUGCAGCAACCCCGUCUUAUCCUGUCUAUUUCAUGGGGGGGGCCCAACAGGCUGGGGCAACCUACGCACACAUUGGGGCGACAGGGGAACGAACAGCAGGGAAAAGUGUGGCAGGGGUGCUUCCUGAGAAAGCUCAAGAUGGUUGUAUAGAGCACUGUGGAGGAGAACAGCCGUCAGUCCCAACAGUGGCAACUUCUGCAGAGCAGAACAGAGGGGCCCCAGCAGCAGAGCCAAAAGCAGCACGUGCCCAAGCGGUAGCGUCCCCAGCUGCAAAUGAGCCGAGCAGUAUUAGCGCGCGUGCAACAGAUCCCACGGCAAUACCGGGGGCAGGAGGGGAACAGAUACGCAGCAACGACCAAGUGGAUGUUAACGCAAAGCCAUUGUGGUGA